UUCCCCUCUACCGUUGAAAACGCAACUUAUCUCACUUGAUACCGUAGGUAAUAGGUACCAUGACCAGUCCUUAACCUCAACAUCAAAAUUGUGUUCAAUGUAAAUAUGAUCAACCAAAUUUCUGUUCCAUUAUUAUCUAUAAUCUAUAAUGGCUUUUAGACACGGAUUCAAAAUUUUAUUUAGAAGAUUGAAACCUGUUCACCCUUUGAUACUCUAUGGAACCACUGCAUCAAUGUUCAUCAAUCCCAAUCCUCCAAAAGAUCCAACUCAUGAACAAAAACUUAAAUUUGAAACUCCUGACGCAUCAAACCUUUCUUAUGAUUAUUUGAUAAAACAAUCAACUUUGAGUGCUGUGAAUAGUGCUUCUCAGGCUUUGACAUUGACUUAUUCAGCUAUAGAAAGCAAUAGUAAAGAUUAUAGAGUGCUGUUGACUCGACUAAUAGCCUUGAUGAAUGAAGCAAUAAUGCAUCCAGUAACUGAUUCACAUUGGGAUGAAAUCCUUGAAAUUCGAUACCAGAUGCAAGAAAAAAAGAAAAUCAUCAUGCAAUUUAUUUUGUACAUGGAAUAUGUACAUAAAAUGGCUGAAGCUGCUUCAGAAAUAAGCUUUUUGGCUGGAAUGGAUAAUUUAUCUACAACAUUGACACAAAGAAUAGAUGAUGCAUUGGGAAAAAUUGAAUUUGAAAAAUCUAAUAACUCAAAGUUGGAAGAAGAAUACACAAAAGUCCAAGAAGAAACCAUUAAAAGCACUGGAAAAGGUGUAAGUGAAUGAAACAACUCAACAAUACAAGAUCUCAAAACAAAGAAUAAAGAUUUAUAGUUAUGGUUUAGCAAAUAAGAAACUGUUAU